CCUCUCCAUACAUAAACAAGCCUAUCGAUCUCUAUAACUGCAUCUCCAGUUCUGUCGCUCGUCUCCUUGGCUCCACUUCCGCCCAAUCUUGUCUUCUUCCAAGAAUUCAGAUAUAUAAUAAUAUAUAUGGACAAGAAGGAGGCCGACAGCUUUGCGCCUGCCCUGCCGCCGCCGGAGAGAUCGGAGAACGGCGUCGAUAUGGUGAACUACAUGGUGAGCAAUCCGCCUGCCCAAGCCCAGAUCUCCCUGGACAAGCUCAGCUUCGCGGAUGUGAUGCAGUUCGCCGAGUUCGGCCCCAGGCUCUCCCUCCAGCAGUCCAAAGUCUCCGAGGACGAGAGCUAUUUCUUGAGGUUGCACGACGAGCCGCUGAACGUGGCCUCUGCCCCGCCGCUCCUUCCUCCUCCUCCUCCUCCCGCGACGGCCGGAGGGGAGGAGGAUAGAGAGGGGACGAACACCGUCGGCAGGUACUCGUCGGAGAACGCGCCGUCCUCGGUGCAGGAGCUGCGAUUGGUCGAGAAGGCGGGUGCGGAUGAGGCGAAGAAUAUUAGCAGCCGGCGGAAGAGGCCCAGAGCUAUGAAGACUAACGAGGAGGUGGAGAGCCAGCGGAUGACGCACAUCGCCGUGGAACGCAACCGGAGGCGGCAGAUGAACGAGAAUCUCCGGGUGCUCCGCUCGCUCAUGCCAGGAUCGUACGUGCAAAGGGGAGAUCAGGCCUCCAUAAUCGGCGGCGCCAUCGAGUUCGUGAGGGAGCUGGAGCAGCUCCUCCAGUGCCUGGAGUCCCAAAAGAGGAGAAGGCUCUUCGGCAACACCGGAGAACCGCCGAGAGCGGCGGCGGCGGAGGCCGGCGGUGCUGUUUUGGUCCCCAACCAACAGCGGACGCCGUCCUUCUACCCACCCCUCCCGCUUCCCACCCACCUCGACCAGGCGAAGCUUCUCGACUUCGGCGACGGCGGCCUUCCGGAGGAGACGGCCGAGAACAAGUCCUGCCUCGCUGAAGUCGAGGUCCGCCUCCUCGGCUCCGACGCCAUGAUCAAGAUCCUGUCCCGCCGCCGGCCAGGGCAGCUCAUCAAGACGAUCGCGGCGCUGGAGGACCUACAGUUCGCGAUCCUCCACACCAACAUCACCACCAUCGAGCAAACCGUUCUCUACUCCUUCAACGUCAAGAUUGGCAGCGAAACCAGGUGCACCGCAGAGGACAUUGCCAGCUCCGUUCAACAGAUCUUGAGCUUCAUCGACGCAAACACAGUGUGAUCAGCAGAGAUCGAUGAAUAUAUCCAUAUAUAAUAUUAAUUAAGAGCGUGAUGUAUAAUACAUAUCUAUAUAUGUGAUAGCCUUUUUCUGUUCAUCGUAUCGAUAUAUAAUUUAUCGCCAUGCAAGUAAAUCAAGGUUAAAAGAACUUGAUGACGGACGACCAAGACUGCAUGUCUGCGAGGCCUGGAGGGAGACAGACAAUGAGUGGACUUCUAAGGUCAACCAUGCAGGUACUUCGUCCUUGGUUUCCGAGGGUUGACCUGCCAGGGGUUGCUUUGUUGGUAUUAGACUGGCCAGAUCAAGCCAGGAAGGGGGGGAUGGCUUGGGGAAUGCCUUGCAGCUAGCUACCCCUGCGGCAGGCACCAUGUUGUGAGUCUGCCCAUGGCAGAGAGAGGUGUCGGAAUAGAUUGGGAAAUUUGUCCUUAAUUGGCACGAAUGAUUCCAAGUAAUGGAUCGAGAAAUUUGCAUGAUUGACUUUGUGAGAGGUUUGUCGUGUGUGGCGCACAGAAUUGACAGUAGAACUUUCUGAGUGAUUAUCAGCAUUUGGAGGAAUUGUUGGCGAGCUAGAGGAGCAUGGGCUGGCAGGUACAGUGUUAAGCAUCACCGGUUCAUGCGAUUCAAGAGGUUUC